AUAAAUUUUGCAUUUACCUGUUUUAUUUUUAUUAUUAUUUAUUCAUAAUUCCCAAAGCUGAAACUAUAUUAUAAUGUUGGAUGCGUCCUACUCAGUGAGUUCAGUAGGUUCCACUGUAACACAUGAGCCACAAGGGGGCAGGAGCACACUAUGCAGAGGCGAUGAUAUAAGAUGGGAAAUUAAAUCCAGUCUCUAUAGCACGUCCCAGUGUUGUGGGCCACACUGUGUGCGAAAAAAAGUUAAAUAUGCUGGACACAAGGUUAAACAGAAAAACACAUGCUAACUUUAAAAAGGCCUAAAGAAAACCGACCUGAAGAUUUGCCUCUAUUAAUGUGUUGCAUGGCCAAGAUAAAAUUAAACUGGGCGAACUUUGCAUUAUCCACUAAGGCAUGAAUCAAUAAACCAAACAUUAUUGGUUAUAUAUAGGUCAGACCUGUCAGAUGUUGAAAGGAAUUACGUAUUGCAUACAUGCACAAAAAUGAAUUUAUGAGUGAGCCUACAGAGCUGAGAGAAUCAAUAAACGUUUUUGUUUGUUAUAAUUAAACAUGUCCAUGUUCAACCUCCUCUCAUCAAAAUUACCAUGAAGCUCAAACAUGAUGAGCCAACUUUAGGUAAGACAAGCCAUCAUAUUCCCAUCAUGGCGCCAGGUCGAUUCAAUGCAGCGUAAUACACUUCAGCAUCUCGUGUCAUGAGAAUAUCCUCCCACCAUCUCUAAAUUUAGUCUAAAUUAAUAUGAAAUAUUUAUAUCACUCUAACUUUAAGUGGGCUUUCCCUCUUCAAAGAUUCAUCUCUGGCUGCCCCCUCAGAAGUGAGCUCCAUUUGGCGAAGCGGAAGGGAGAUUCCUCAGCUCUUCCAGUCAUACACCCCCUCCUCUGUAUGAUGUUACCCUUACGCACCACUAUAAUAAGUGGAUACGUGAUUCUCUGGGGCGAAUCCCUGUCGACGUCACUCCUAGCGCUAUAUAAAUAAGCAGAGCAGCGACUGUUACAAGACACAAGGCAAAGUGUUUAUUCGCUUACCACCACUUCACGGAUUAUUGGAUUGCCCUCGUUGGAUUUAAUUGCCAUCACCGAGUAAGUGUCUUAAAUACUGAUCGUCGGUAUAAGCACAAUGACUUUGAACAAGGGUGACAAACUACGGAACAUGGAUAAGAGGAGAGGAAGCAUGCCGUUCCCUAUGAAUGUACCAAAUCUACACAGGAGAAGUAUGCCAGUGGACGACCGGGACCUGCUCACCACCAUGCCACAAACAGGACAAACCGACGAGCUGUCCAACCUCCUGCGCUGCACGUCCUACUCUCCGAACGAGCAGCACCGGGGCAGCUGCGCCUCUGACUCGUCCGACUCCGUGAUCUCCACCGGCAGCGAAGCAGAGUCCCAGGUGUACAAGGUGGUUCUCCUCGGUGAGCACGGUGUCGGGAAGUCCAGCCUGGCUCGCGUUUUUGGAGGGCUUGAGGAUGCUGGUCAUGACUACGAUGAAGCAGGAAACACUUACGACAGAUCUAUCAUGGUGGAUGAAGAAGAGGCAUUCAUUCUGUUGUAUGACAUCUGGGAACAGGACAACAGCCAGUGGCUGAAGGAACAGUGCAUGAGGAUGGGAGACGCCUACAUCAUUGUGUAUUCAGUGACGGACAAAUCAAGCUUCGAGAAGGCGUCAGAGCUGCGUAUCCAGCUGCGCCGGGCCAGGCAGUCAGAGAACAUUCCCAUAAUCCUUGUUGGCAACAAGAGUGACCUAGUGCGGUCCAGAGAGGUGUCUGUAGAUGAGGGAAGUGCCUGUGCAGUUGUAUUCGACUGCAAGUUCAUUGAGACAUCUGCAUCCCUUCAUCACAAUGUGCAUGACCUAUUCGAGGGAAUAGUAAGACAGAUCCGCUUGAGGAAAGACAGCAAGGAGGAAAAUGCUCGGCGCAUGGCCAACUGCAGACGUAGAGAGAGCAUCAGCAAGAAGGCCAAGCGGUUUCUGGGCCGCAUGGUUGCACGCAAGAACAAGAAGAUGGCUUUCAGGCAGAAGUCAAAGUCCUGCCAUGACCUAACUGUUCUUUGAGGAACAAAUGGGACAGACAAACAUUUUUUUCUUUGGCCUCUGAAGACCAGAUGCUGUGUGUGUGUUUUAACACUAACCCUAAAGGACUAAUAGAGCUGUACAGAAAUAUAUUUUAAUUUUUUAGACACCAACCAAAAGCAGAGGACUUAAUUAAUAAAAUGACUGACAUUAUUCAAGUCAUAUCUUGUUAACGGUGAUAACCUGCAUGAAGCUUGGCAAACAUUUAUUUUAUUUUAUUUUUUGUCUGCCUUAAAACAUAUCGCUGUCAUAAUCAGUACGUAUGGAAAAUCCACAAAGGCUUGUUAUGUCUAUUGAGUUGAAAAGAUUGCCUUGCUGUUGGGUUAUUGUUGUGCUCCUAUACUGGAGGGGAUUGAUGUAUAUACUAUAACAUGAAUGAUGCUUAUAUACAUACAUCUCAUUAUCCUAGAAGAUAUGGUAAAGGAUCACAAUACUAGGCCAUCUGGAGUCAUAUUUACUUGAAAUGUGGUACGCAGGUUCGUGCCUUGGCCAAAUUACUAAAGACUACACUGAAUUCAGGUUGUGAAUGUAUGAGUAAAGCAAUAAGUUAUAUUAGUCUUGUGUAUCUUGGCAUUAUUUGAAAAUUCUUUGUUUACAUUGAGUUUCUUUUUUCA